GGCGCCACUGGGCCCAGCUUUGGCUGCCGAGGUUCGGCCUGAGCUUGGAUCCCGCGCUGUCCCCGCACCUAGAGCCAGCCGAGGACACGCUCCCCUCGCUCCGCGCCUUUGUCCGCUCCGCUGCCCGCCGCCUGCCGCCGGCCCCAUGGAGCGCGCCGCGCCCUCGCCCCCGGCCCCGCUGCUGCUGCUGCUGGCUGGCCUCUCGCUGCUGGUGGCCCCAGCAGGCGCAGAUGUCCCCAUGGAGGCCUGCUGUGCGGACGGGCACCAGAUGGCCACGCAGCACCGCGACUGCUCGCUGCCCUACGCCUCGGAGUCCACGCAGUGCAGGAUGAUCCAGGAACAGUGCUGCCACAGCCAGCUGGAGGAGCUGCACUGCGCCACCGGCAUCAACCUGGCCAGCGAGCAGGACAGCUGCAGUGCGCUGCCCAGCAACGCCAGCCUCGAGGCCGUGUUCGUGAAGAGGUGCUGCCACUGCUGCCUGCUGGGGAGGGAGGCCCAGGCCAAGGGCCAGAGCUGCGAGUACAACCUCAUGGUCGGCUACCAGUGCGGGCUGGUCUUCCGGGCCUGCUGCGUCAAGGGCCAGGAGACGGCGGACUUCGCCCCCGCAGACAACGGCGACCACCAGGAGACAGCUAAGAUGUCCGAGAUGGCGGAGGAGGAGCAGGAGGACCCGUACCUGAAUGACCGCUGCCGAGGCGGCGGGCCCUGCAAGCAGCAGUGCCGGGACACGGGCAAGGAGGUCGUCUGCUCUUGCUUUGUGGGCUACCAGCUGAUGCCCGACGGCUUCUCCUGUGAAGAUGUCAACGAGUGCAUCACGGGCAGUCACACCUGCCGUUUCGGGGAGUCCUGCAUCAAUACCGUGGGCUCUUUCCGCUGCCAGAGAGACAGCAGCUGCGGCACGGGCUACGAGCUCACGGAGCACAACGACUGCAAAGAUAUUGACGAGUGUGAGAGUGGUAUUCAUAACUGCCUCCCCGAUUUUAUCUGUCAGAAUACUCUGGGAUCCUUCCGCUGCCGACCCAAGCUACAGUGCAAGAGCGGCUUUAUACAAGAUGCUCUAGGCCACUGUAUUGAUAUCAAUGAGUGUUUGAGCCUCAGUGCCGCGUGUCCCGUGGGACACACGUGCAUUAACACGGAGGGCUCCUACACGUGCCAGAAGAACGUGCCCAACUGUGGCCGAGGCUACCACCUCAACGACGACGGGACCCACUGCGUGGACGUGGACGAGUGCUCGCCGCCCUCUGAGCCCUGCGGCGCGGGGCACCGCUGCGUGAACACCCCGGGGAGUUUCCGCUGCGAGUGCAAGUCCGGUUACUACUUCGACGGCGUCAGCAGGACGUGUGUGGACAUCAACGAGUGCCGGCGCUACCCCGGGCGCCUGUGCGGCCACAAGUGUGAGAACACGCUGGGCUCCUUCCACUGCAGCUGCUCCGUGGGCUUCCGGCUGGCGGCCGACGGCCGGUCCUGCGAAGACGUGAACGAGUGCAGCAGCAGCCCCUGCAGCCAGGAGUGCGCCAACGUCUACGGCUCCUACCAGUGCUACUGCCGCCGCGGCUACCAGCUCAGCGACGUGGACGGCGUCACCUGCGAAGACAUCGACGAGUGCGCCCUGCCCACCGGGGGCCACAUCUGCUCCUACCGCUGCGUCAACGUCCCCGGAAGCUUCCAGUGCAGCUGCCCCUCAUCGGGGUACAGGCUGGCCCCCAACGGCCGCAACUGCCAAGACAUCGACGAGUGCGUGACCGGCACACACAACUGCUCCAUCAACGAGACCUGCUUCAACAUCCAGGGCAGCUUCCGCUGCCUGGCCUUCGAGUGCCCGGAGAAUUACCGCCGCUCCGCAGACACGCCCCACCAGGACAAGACGGACACCAUCCGCUGCAUCAAGUCCUGUCGCCCUAACGACGUCACCUGCAUGCUGGACCCGGUGCACACCAUCUCCCACACCGUCGUCUCGCUGUCCACCUUCCGCGAGUUCACCCGCCCGGAAGAGAUCAUCUUCGUCCGGGCCAUCACGCCGGCGUACCCCGCCAACCAGGCUGACAUCAUCUUCGACAUCACGGAAGGGAACCUGCGGGACUCCUUCGACAUCGUCAAGCGCUACAUGGACGGCAUGACCGUGGGGGUCGUGCGCCAAGUGCGGCCCAUCGUGGGCCCGUCCCAGGCCGUCCUGAAGCUGGAGAUGAGCUACGUGGUCGGCGGCGUGGUGUCCCACCGCAACGUCGUCAACGUCCACAUCUUCGUCUCCGAGUACUGGUUCUGAGGCCCCGCCCAGGGCGCAGCCACGUCACGGCCGCCGCCGCCGCCGCCUGCGGCCUGCCCCUGCGCGCGCCGCCCGGGCACGCCUCCACCGCAUGCAUUCGUUUGUAGUUUUAGGCUGACGCAUACUAAGCUGGGCCAGAUGGGUAAGUCCAUCGGUGUAUUCUGGUGCUGAAGUGGUGGGUCCGAUCGCACAACUGUCUGGUUGAAAACCGGGCUCAUUUUUCAACACAAAGGUCACAGGUUGCUGCCUCUACUCGGCCUGCGGGCUGGGCAUGGCUAAGGAGCGGGGAGAGGGAGGUGCUUUUCGGGGGGCAGCCGCUCUCCAAGCCCAGACCAGACCCGUGUCUGCCCUGACUGUGUGAACGUUGACAUUUGGUGCCUUUUUUGCCAGUCAGGUGUUGUAGGCCCACUUCUAGGGACACGGCUGCUGUGGACGCGGUGGCUUGAGGGACACUUAGGGGCAAAUUACUGUUCCAUGGACACAGCCCCCCGUUGGUAAAGACACAGUUGGGUUCGUGUGUGGCUCCAGCACGUGCACCAGGGGGCGGGGGUUUUUCUCCGCUCCCUGCAUCCGUCUUUUCUUAGAGGUGGAAAAUAAACAGCUUUGUGAUUCUC